AAGAAUGGCUUCCUGUGUCAUGUCUGUCCCUGCUCUGUGAGGUGAAACCUCACUGCUGCGCGUAAUACACAAACUAAACACGCAGAACCGGACAUAGAGGCUUCGCGAGCGGCGCCGCGGUGCCCGAGGGCUCGCCAUGCUGCUGCCUCAGCUGCCAGAGGAUCUUCUCUAUUACAUCUUCUCUUAUUUGGACCACAGAUCUCUCAGUCGCCUCUCUCAAGUUUGUAGAAGCUUUUACCGCUUUGUAAACCGGGACGCUGUUUGGAAGAAGAUUGCUAAAGAGCUUUUAAACACCGGCAUUACUCGGGAGGGGAAGGACAUAUAUCCUCUCAUACGCCUCAAGGACAGAGUGAAGAUCGCUCAAAACUGGUGCAGCGGGAUCUGCAGAAGAAGAAUUCCUCUGAGAUGGAAAACUAAACUGUUACCAUGGUUACAGCUGGACGGGGACACUCUUUUUCUGUCUCAGGCCGCUGAUAUAAAGGUGUACCAUAUCCACAAAGACUCGGGGAGACUCCAGCGUAGUCCAUUUGAAGUCUACUCGGGCCACAAGGGUGACGUCUGUCGCUUCGUUGUCACGGAGUCUCUCCUGAUCAGCGGUGGAAGUGACGGGAAGAUCGUCGUCCACAGCAGGAGAAGUGACGUGCCAGUGGAGUUUUCAGGUCAUAACCAGGAGGUCAACUGUGUGGAUGCUAAAGACGGACUCAUCAUCAGUGGCUCCAGAGACCGGACAGCCCGGAUUUGGAAUUUGACUUCCACCGCUCCCAGAGAUACAAUUCCCAUGUGUGACAGAGUGUGGUCCGUGGCUAUUAACCCCACACUGAGCUCCUUCGUCACAGGCACUGCGUGCUGCGAGAACUUCUCCCCUCUGCGCAUCUGGGAUGUUGAACGAUCGAUAUGCUUGUGCGCUCUGGGCUCAGGCUUUCGUCGUGGUGCUGGUGUGCUGGAUAUCAGGUUUGAGUCUCCGUUCCAGCUCUUCACCUGUGGCUAUGAUACCUUUAUUCGACUGUGGGACCUUCGACUCUGCCCAAGGAAGUGUGCAAUGGAGUGGGAGGAGCCUCAUGAUAGCGCGCUGUACUGCAUCCAGACAGAUGGAAACCA